AGCUCAGUGUGUCUCAGACUCUCAGGAUUGAGAGAAAAUUCAGUGCUCUCUGUCCUGGUGGAAGGCCUUGGAGAGGCACGUGGUUAGUGGGGGAGGAGGAGGCAGCCUGGCCUGAGAGAUCGGAAGGACUUGUUAGACCAGUCCUGCCUGUGUGUCACUCGCCCUCCAGAGAAGCAGGUUUUGUUUCCUUCCAUACCAUUUCAGUCCUGGGCCCCCUCUGUAGAUGAGAGCCGCACCCUUACUUUGCUUCAAAGCCAGCCUAGCAUUUAGCCAUUUUAGUAUAUUACGGUUUGGGGGGUUCCCAGGAUACUUGGGAGGGGAAAAGAGGAAUAAGAAUGUUCCAUCUGGUUUCUGAAUUUAAGGUCAAGAUGGUGGAGGUUUUUUGUUUUGUUUUGUUUUUUUUAAGUCACAGUAAAAAACAUUUAAAUCCUGGAACAGGUAACUAGAAUAUUUAAGGUGUCCUAAGUGACCUAUAGGGAUUGCUAGCUCAGCUGCCUUUUAACAAGGAGUAUUUCUUAAAAAAAAAAAAAAAAAAAAAAACCACCCAAGAGUUUCAUGUAUUUGUUUUCCGUUUUUUUUCUCAGAAACUCCAAUGAGAUAGCAUGAUCACUCUUUUCUAAGAGGAGGAUGAUUUACCAGAGUCCCUUAAUGCAUUAGAUUUAGGUGGCGCUAGUGGUAACAAGCCCCCGCUUGCCAGGGCAGGAGACUCGGCUCCAUCCCUGGGUCAGGAAGACGCUCCCCGGAGGAGGAAAUGGCAGCCCACUCCAGUGUUCUUGCCUGGAGAAUCCCAUGGCCAGAGGAGCCUGGCGGGCUACAGUCCACGGGGUCGCAAAGAGUUAGAUAGGACUGAAGGGACUUCGCAUGCACGCAGUGGUGGACACGGUGAGACCUAGUCCUUCCUUGCAGAGUCUCCUUCGGUCAGCCUUCUGGGUGCUCUUAAGUGGAGAAGCUGGGCCGGUCAUAAAGCAGGCCACGUAAUUCUGAGAAGUGCCCAGUUGGCAGGAGGUUGGGAAGUGAACAUAGUCCUCUUUCCGUCUUAUUGCAGAUCUUGUCCAGGGUUUGAGUUAGUGUAGGAGCAAGUCUAUCCAGCAGGGAGAAAUACUAGAAUUGUUCUGACUGAGCUUUGAAUUGUUCUCAGUUCAGAUGGUGGAACUUCAAGUGGUGGGUGGGGUGCUUAGACUUUGGACUUUGGUAUAAGCACUCUGUGAUAAGAAGCCCUGGAAAACGAUCGACAAAAUAUAUUCCUUUUGAUUUAAAAAUUAAGUGUGGAUUUUCUCUUUGUGUGGUUGAACUGGACUAUUUUGGUUUGAACUUGGCAAAUGCCAGUCAAGGCAAAUAAAUACCUUUACGUGUUUAGAACGCCUAUGCUUUUUGGUCUGAUUAUGUUCUGUAGUGUUACAGGUGCUAUGUUUUAUUGAGGUGUAGAGAUCUUCAGUAGAUGGCUCAGUCUGUACCUUUUAAAAAAGCAGUUUGGAAUCCCUAGGAUGAUGAAGUUUUUGCUAAUCAUUGCGUUUAGAGGGAGGACGUAACUUUAUCUUUGAUUCUGUAAUGAAGAAAUAGAAGGGAACAGCGCUGCCUUUGAACCUGGCUACAGAAGAUAAAAUUUCUUUUUUCUUGCUUUCUUCCAGAGCCCAAAGACUGUUUUGUGGGGUUUAAGAGUUUUCCAUCUGAAGACAAAUAAUCUUUCUCUUUCCACAGAGAUUUAUGUGCCUAAUUUUGGUCAUCUCUUUGGAUAUACUUCGCUGAAUUGGGUGGAGGUGGGAGAGAGGCUCAGAGUCACCCUGUCUACAGUUUUACAUAUCUUAUAAAGCUAAACUCGGAAAAGCAACAAAAAGUAAAGCUUACAUGGGGUUAUUAAAACUUCUCCAAGGUCUCACAGUCUGUUUCUGGCAAAGCCAGGUCUUGAACUCCAGGUCUUUUGACCUCUGGAGAAGGAAAUGGCAACCCACUCCAGUACUCUUGCCUAGAAAAUUCCAUGGAUGGAGGAGCCUGGUGGGCUACAGUCCAUGGGGUCACAAAGAGUUGGACACGACUGAGCGACUUCACGACCCUUAAGAGUGUGAAGGAUUCGUGUAGCCUGUAGUUUAUGGAACUACAGCUAGUGGCAAAGGGGAGCCUGCGGAGACGAGUGGUUUCUUCAAAUGCCCCACCAACACCUCCAAACCAGCACCUCCAAACCAGCACCUCCAAACCAGCACCUCCAAACCAGCACCUCCCCACCAACACCUCCAAACCAGCACCUCCAAACCAGCACCUCCAAACCAGCACCUCCCCACCAACACCUCCAAACCAGCACCUCCCCACCAACACCUCCAAACCAGCACCUCCAAACCAGCACCUCCAAACCAACACCUCCAAACCAACACCUCCAAACCAGCACCUCCCCACCAACACCUCCAAACCAACACCUCCAAACCAACACCUCCAAACCAGCACCUCCCCACCAACACCUCCAAACCAACACCUCCAAACCAACACCUCCAAACCAGCACCUCCCCACCAACACCUCCAAACCAACACCUCCAAACCAGCACCUCCAAACCAGCACCUCCCCACCAACACCUCCAAACCAACACCUCCAAACCAACACCUCCAAACCAGCACCUCCAAACCAGCACCUCCAAACCAGCACCUCCCCAACCAACACCUCCAAACCAGCACCUCCAAACCAGCACCUCCAAACCAACACCUCCAAACCAGCACCUCCAAACCAACACCUCCAAACCAGCACCUCCCCAACCAACACCUCCAAACCAGCACCUCCAAACCAACACCUCCAAACCAACACCUCCAAACCAGCACCUCCAAACCAACACCUCCAAACCAGCACCUCCAAACCAGCACCUCCAAACCAGCACCUCCAAACCAACACCUCCCCACCAACACCUCCCCACCAACACCUCCAAACCAGCACCUCCCCAACCAACACCUCCAAACCAACACCUCCCCACCAACACCUCCAAACCAGCACCUCCCCAACCAACACCUCCAAACCAGCACCUCCCCAACCAACACCUCCCCACCAACACCUCCAAACCAGCACCUCCCCACCAACACCUCCCCACCAACACCUCCCCAACCAACACCUCCCCACCAACACCUCCAAACCAGCACCUCCCCACCAACACCUCCCCACCAACACCUCCCCAACCAAUACCUCCCCAACCAACACCUCCCUAAACCCAACACUUCCCAAACCCAACACCUCCAAACCAGCACCUCCAAACCAACACCUCCAAACCAACACCUCCAAACCAGCACCUCCAAACCAACACCUCCAAACCAGCACCUCCAAACCAGCACCUCCAAACCAGCACCUCCAAACCAACACCUCCCCACCAACACCUCCCCACCAACACCUCCAAACCAGCACCUCCCCAACCAACACCUCCAAACCAACACCUCCCCACCAACACCUCCCCACCAACACCUCCAAACCAGCACCUCCCCAACCAACACCUCCAAACCAGCACCUCCCCAACCAACACCUCCCCACCAACACCUCCAAACCAGCACCUCCCCACCAACACCUCCCCACCAACACCUCCCCAACCAACACCUCCCCACCAACACCUCCAAACCAGCACCUCCCCACCAACACCUCCCCACCAACACCUCCCCAACCAACACCUCCCCAACCAACACCUCCCUAAACCCAACACUUCCCAAACCCAACACCUCCAAAACCUUAGUCCUUUAUGUUAGCUGUUUGUAGUAGUAUUAGUCGUGUCCAUCACCAACUCCCGGAGUUCACUCAGACUCACGCCCCUCGAGUCAGUGAUGCCAUCCAGCCAUCUCAUCCUCUGUCGUCCCCUUCUCCUCCUGCCCCCAAUCCCUCCCAGCAUCAGGGUCUUUUCCAGUGAGUCACCUCUUUGCAUGAGGUGGCCAAAGUACUGGAGUUUCAGCUUCAGCAUCAGUCCUCCCAGUGAGUCUUCAGGACUGGCCUCCUUGCAGCGGUGUUGGUAGCAGUAGCUUUCUGUGCGUCGGGCGUUUGCUGAGUGCUUGCCAUGGAGCCUCUCAUUUCAUCCUCGCAGCUGUCCCUUGUGUCUUGUUUCUCCCUGUUUCUCCAUUUUACAGAAAAGAAACCUGAGGAUUAGAUUUGCCCAAAGUCACAUAGCUAAGAAGCAACAGAGCUGAGAUUUGAACACAGUCAGUGUGAUUACAAAGUUGAUAUUCUUAACCUCUAAGAAUUCUAACUCCAAACCGUUUCUGCAGCCUGUUUACAGUAGAACAUCAUCGUGGGGAUUGUGCUGUAGGCAGGUGACUUUUUGCCCUGUUACCUGGUUGACAUGGUUGAACUGUUUGGUCUUUCUGGGUAUCUGAUUUAAUUCAACUUUUUAUUUUUUUUUGGUUUAGAAUUCUUAUAGAAGAGAUUGGAUAUUUACUGUUGUCUGUACUUGAAUAUGGGAACCUUGUCGAUUCAGGGUCUAUAGGUCUUGGCUUGUUAAGAAUAAAGAGGGUAUUCUCAGCAAGUCUAGUGAUCGGUGAAUUGCACGUUUCACCUGUUCACUUUGCUUCCCUCCCCCACCCUGGGAAUUCCUUAGUGAUCUUUUUUUGGGGGGUGUUGACUGCAUGUCUUGCAGGUCUUGGUUCCCUGACCAGGGACUGACGUGGGGCUGUGAGAGUGAAGCCCCAGGGCCUUGGCACUGGGCCACCAGGCAAUUCCCAGUGACCUGUUUUUAGUGAGGACAAGUGUAAUCCAUUGAGAAUAAAAGUAGCAAACCGGUAAAGGUGUUGGCCUGUAGUCUUGAGGCUUUCAUGACUCUUAACUGCCAAAAUUAGUUAAUGGUUUGCAGAUUCUGGUCUCUAGGAUAAUUUGUUUUUUAUGCUGUGUAUGUUUGGCAUGAGACUCAGGUGUUAGAGUUGUGAGAUGAUGUCCUAUAUCAGAUCAGAUCAGUUGCUCGGUCGUGUCCGACUCUUUUGCGACCCCAUGAAGCGCAGCACGCCAGGCCUCCCUGUCCAUAACCAACUCCCGGAGUUCACCCAGACUCACGUCCAUCG